AUAUUCUGCAUUAAUUUUUCAUUUUUCAUACUUCGGCAUGAAGGUGUUGAUUUUGAUUCUGCUACAAAGCAUGGGAUAAAAGUUGCCAGAAUUCCUGGUGGUGCUACUGGAAAUGCUGCAUCUUGUGCCGAAAUGGCUAUAUAUCUAAUGUUGGGCCUUCUUAGGAAACAGAAUGAGAUGCAAAUAUCUGUAAAGCAGCAAAUGCUUGGAGAGCCUGUUGGGGACACACUUCUUGGGAAAACUAUCUUUAUACUGGGCUUUGGAAAUAUUGGAACUGAGUUGGCCAAGCGCCUAAAAACAUUUGGUGUUAAAGUUAUUGCUACGAAAAGGAGCUGGCCCUCAACUUUGGAAGUUACCCCAAAAGCUUUUCCAAGUCAAAACGAGGUCAUUGAUGAUUUGGUUGACAAGAAAGGCAUACAUGGAGAUAUUUAUGAGUUUGCAAGCAAUGCCGAUAUAGUUGUCUGUUGCUUGAAUUUGAAUAAAGAUACAGUUGGCGUUGUGAACAAGUCCUUCUUAUCUUCAAUGAAAAAGGGAGCCCUUUUGGUGAAUGUUGCUCGAGGAGCUCUUUUAGACUAUGGGGCAGUUGUGCAUCAUCUCAAGUCAGGACACUUGGGAGGCUUAGGAACUGAUGUUGCAUGGAGAGAACCAUUUGAACCUGAUGACCCCAUUUUGAAAUUCAAGAAUGUUAUACUGACACCUCAUGUUGCCGGGGUUACUGAACAUUCUUACCGAACCAUGGCGAAGGUUGUUGGUGAUGUUGCCUUACAAAUUCAUGCUGGAAACCCUUUCACAGGGAUAGAGUUAGUCAAUUAGUUGACUCGGAAUCGAACCUAAAAUUUAUGUCAGUUUUAGGUUCAGUCAAUCAUUGGAAACUUGUUAUUUCGAUUAUCAAAACAAAUCAUGUCAUGGAAAUUUGGGAUAUCCCCAAUUUAUUUCAAAAUAAAGUU